AUGUCCUACAAUGACAGCCCAGGAGGCUUUCAUCGAGGAGCGGGAGGGGGGCCGUGCUGCAGCACACCGUCGCCGACGCUGCUCGCUGCGUUGGCGGCAUCAUUCGCCUGCUGCUUCCUCCUCGUCCUCGUCUUCCUCAGCCUGCGCUUCCUCCACCUUCGCCGCGCCUGGUCGCAGCGCAACCGUGCGCAGCCCCUGCAAGGGCAGGUCCAGGCCCCGCAACCCAAGCUUGGCCUCGACGCCGCCACCAUCGCGCUCAUCCCGUCCUUCCCGUACCAGCGGGACAGCUCGGCAUCGUCUCCGGCCGAGUGCGCAGUGUGCCUCAGCGUCGUCGACGACGGGGAGACGGUGAGGCAGCUCCCGGCCUGCAAUCACCUGUUCCAUCAGGUGUGCGUCGACGUGUGGCUCCUGUCCAAAGCGUCGUGCCCAGUCUGCCGCGGGAAUGCUGGGCCGGCCGAGCGUGCCGAUCGGCAAGACAGAGCCGCGGCGUCAGCGGCCAUCGUGCCUCUCGAGAUGUUGGACGAAGAGACGGAGUCUUUCUCAUCGUCGACGUCGGCGGCCGUGCCAGAGCGGCCUGGACUGAACGGCGGGAGGGCCACCGGCUCCGGCCAGGAAACGGACUUGGAACGGCAAUAG